CCCCAUAUUCUCCAAUAAAGAACCUUGAUUGCUUCAAAUCUCUGCAGACUCGCUUGGUUUUAGUAAGUUCUGGAAUAAAAGUAGUGCAUUUACAUGAAUAUACAACUUCAUGAAUGAACAUGUCUGCGGUCUGGCGCAUGAAUAUAUUGACCUCCGUAAUUUUACGUACUACUUUCUUUGGCGCUUUCGGCCAUCUUGGAAAUAUUUUGCGAAUAACUCGGUGAAAAUCCGUGCCAAUCGAAGGUUAUUAACAAUCAUCCAGAAUGGCUGACCGGGAAGAUAACGUCUAUAGAGCCAAGUUAGCUGAACAGGCUGAAAGAUAUGAUGAAAUGGUUGACGCCAUGAAGAAGGUGGCCAUAUCAGGUAUGGAGCUUUCUGUAGAAGAGAGGAACCUCCUGUCUGUAGCAUUUAAGAAUGUCAUCGGGGCGAGGCGAGCAUCUUGGAGAAUUAUGACAAGCAUUGAACAAAAGACCGAGUCAAAGGAUGACUCGAAUAAACAGAGCCAGGUCAAGAACUACAGAAGUCAGAUUGAAAAUGAAUUGAAAGAUAUCUGCAAAGAUGUUUUGGAUAUCCUCGAUAAUAAUCUAAUAUCAUCUGCAACCACUGGGGAAUCAAAAGUAUUCUACUUUAAAAUGAAAGGAGAUUACCACCGAUAUCUUGCUGAAUUCGCAACUGGCCAAGACAGGAAAGAAGCUGCAGAAGCUAGUUUAGUUGCUUACAAGGCUGCCAGUGAUAUAGCAAUGGCAGAUCUCCCACCCACGCACCCAAUUCGACUAGGAUUAGCUCUGAACUUUUCUGUGUUCUAUUAUGAGAUCCUAAACUCGCCGGACAGAGCUUGUAGAUUGGCCAAGGCUGCUUUCGAUGAUGCCAUUGCUGAACUGGAUAGCUUAAGUGAAGAGAGCUAUAAAGAUUCUACAUUGAUAAUGCAGUUAUUAAGAGAUAAUUUAACUCUAUGGACCUCCGAUAUGCAAGGUGAAGAUAGUGAACAAAGAAGUGGUGAGCAAUUGCAAGAUGUAGAGCAGGAGGAGUCAUAAUUGGAUGUAGUAGUAGCAGUGUUUACAAUACAGAACAUAGUCUACAUGGCCAUUGGACACAUUUAUGUGCUGAGCUGUGAGGACAUUGAAUCAUUCAUCACUGAUCAUGUUCCAUUCAUGUAUUGGACAGACGUCAAUUAAAGGAGAAAAAAAAAAACACUUGCAUGUUGUUAGGGAAUUUACAAUAUUGUGAUAUAUGAUCAGUUACUUCUCGACUUUCUUUCUCUCUAUAACCCUGAACUUUGAUCCAGAAGUCGAAAGGCUUAACCAUCAUAUCCUUUUUGCUUUAGGAGAAAAUUUCUCGGCCACUAACACCUAUAGUACGGUCUACACUGUGUUUACUUGAUUUGACUGUUACUCAAUGUCUGUUCAUUUUUAUGUAAUCUGAGAGGAGCAUGAUUAUUAUGUAAUGUAACUGUUGAUGAAAAAUCUUUUGUUGUUUUUUUAAUAUUUUUUUUUUUGUGUUUGCAUGGUAGAAGAUGCAAAGAUUGGUUUAUAUUGGUACACAGUAGGGAAUUGCAAAUCUUAUAUAAUUAUACUUAAUAAAGGUUUAUCAAAAAAUUUGAGUGUAAUCAAAGAUCAGAUUUCACACAUUACCCGUUAUUUAAGAAGUCUUGACAUGCACAACAUGAAUAAAUGAGAAGUGUUUCAAAGAUGGGCAAUCAUGAUGAAAACCAAUAUUGUAACAAAAAUUUAUAUCUAUGUGAUUGGUUGUAACUGAGAAGCAUUCAAAUGUUCCAGACUUAAACCCUUUAUUAAACAUUUGAGGAACAGUGGGUAGGCUUGGGGAUAUUGGAAAUUGAAAUCUGUCGCUUGGACUUAUAUUUAUUAUUAUUAAAUGUUGCUAACUUUUGAUGAUCCUUAUUAAUAUUGUUAUAGUUUAGAACACUAGUGCACAUAUAUUUUUUUUUUUGUAUGAAGAGCUGAUUGUAGUAAUAUUUUAUUAUUUAAGAAUGGAAUUGACUUUGUCAGUAUUAGUUGUGUUUCAUUGUGUAAAAGGCAUAUUGGAUCCCGAAGAAUGUGCUUAAUUUCUAUAUUUCUAUUGUGAAUUUUAUACAAUUCCAAAUUGGUGGUUAUUGACUUUGGCAAUAUAGGAUGUUGGGACAGCUGGGAAUUCCAAGAAGGGCCUUCCCACGAUUGAAGACAUUGUCAUUGACUAUGACAUCACCAAUUCUGGAACAAUAAAUCCAUCAUCUUUAGUAUAUGAAUCUGUGCUCUAGUAUAUUGUCGAUUUCGGCCUUUGCUGUUUUAAAAUGUCUUGUCUGGUGUUGUGACAUUAAAAUCUCACAAGUUUGAAGAAGUCUUAAUCACAAUAAAAGUGGAUAGAUUGAAACCUAGUUUAUUCUAGAUGUUGCCCUACAUAUAAUAUACCAUUGUAAAGUGUCUUGCUUUUAACAGUAAAACAAGCUGAUACAAUGA